CACCCUCACCCCCACACCCAACCCCACCCACACUUGCACCAGGAGCCCCGUAUUCUUCCGCCCCCACAGCACCACGCGCGGCCAGUAAUCAGCCACCAGGUGCAUCACCCGCUGCAGUACAGCAGCCUCCACGACAUCAGCCACCGCAGCAGUCCAUUGGGUCUUCCCAAACAGCACUUGCCCCCAUCCCCUCACCACCACGUCAGCGGGCUCCCAUCCUCAGCCCCCGCCUUGCCUCUGUCUAUAGCCAAUCUCUCUACCUCGCACUAUUCCUCCCUACGGAGCCCAGCCCAUCGCCAUCCGGCCAUGUUUGCAACCCCAGCCACACUGCCGCCACCACCGACCUUACCGACCAACAGUUUAGUGGUGCCUGGGCACCCCGCCGGCACCCCCUACCCAGAGCAUGACCUCCUGAGGCAGGAGCUGAACAACCGCUUCCUGGUUCAGAGUUCAGAGCGGGGCCGGGGGCCGUCCGCCUCACCGCUGGCCCCCGUGUCGCUCCUGAGGGCCGAGUUUCACCAACACCAGCACAUGCACCAGCACCAACACACCCACCAGCACACCUUCACGCCCUUCCCCGCCAGUCUGCCCCCGGCCGCCAUCCUCACCCCGCCCACCGCACCCCCCAUGGUGCGAACCCAAGCCAGAAAUUUUGACAAAUACACCCCCAAACUGGACAACCCGUUCAUCAGACAUUCAAACUUCUUCCCUUCCUAUCCCCCCACCAUGCCAGGCAUGCCCCCGCUGCUCCCACACUCAGGACCCUUCAGCUCGCUGCAAGGAGCCUUCCAGCCCAAGGCGUCUAAUCCCAUCGACGUUGCGGGACGUCCUGGAGCGGUACCUCACACACUCCUACAGAAGGAUCCACGGAUAACAGAUCCAUUCAGGACAUCUGUUAGGAAACCUGGCAAGUGGUGCGCAGUGCAUGUCCAGAUCGCAUGGCAGAUCUACCACCACCAGCAGAAAAUGAAGCAAAUGCAGCUGGAUCCUCACAAACUAGAUAUGAAUGGAAAGCUGGACCUGUUCAGUCGGCCCCAAGCUCCAGGAGUGUUCCCAGGGUUUCCGUACACUCAUGACCUGGCACGACCCCUCUUCUCUUCCACAGGCUCCGGCCACCCUGCUCCCUCUCCGUACGGCCAUGUCCCCCACCCCAGCGGCUUCCUGCCUCCUAGCCAUUUGGCAGGUAAGUAUCCUUUCAGUCGCUCCAGUUCCUAUGGCGGCCUCGGCAACCUUUCAAGCAGUGCCUUCGGAGGAUUAGGCAACCCCUCGCUUGGGUCCAACAGCAUGUUUGGCACCAAGGAGGGGCCAGGAGGACUGCCCACGUUUGGCAGCCCCCACCACGACACCUGGAACAGACUUCGACGCACCCCGCCAUCUUUCCCCACCCCGCCACAGUGGCCCAAAACCGGAGAUGUUGAGAGAAGCAGCUCAGCCAACAGCCACGAGAGAGAGCGAGAGAGAGAACGGGAAAGAGAAAGAGAAAGGGAGAGGGAAAGAGAGAAAAGAGACUCGUCCAUCGGUAAAGAGGAGAAGGAUAAAGACAGGGAUUCUGUGGAUCGUAAUCGCCACUCCAACCGUUCAUCUCCCGCCUCGGCGCCAGUCAGCUACCAGAUCAGCAGCCUCAUUCGCACAAACAGCCAGAACUCCUGUGACUCGGGUCGACAUCACAGUGGCAGUGUGGAUCGGGUCCGUGAGGCGGAGAAGGAGCUGCUGGAGCGCCACAGAGAGUCUUCCACGCUGGGUGACGUGAAGGUGAAGGAGAGCCGCUCGCCCGGCAAGGAGAUGCUGGAGAGGAGAUGCUCGGAAGACUCCAUCAAACCCGCUCAACGCUCUCCUUCCCCGUACACCAAGGCCGUGAUCAAUGAGCAGGGCAUGAAGAUGGCAGGUGGGCCCCCGCCUACACUCAAGGACAGCGAGAGGAAAGAGCCCCCAUCCGCAGAGCUCCUGCACAAGGUGAAAAGUGACAUGAAGAUUAAGGAGGAGAGGAAGGAGGAGCAGGAGGUCGUGAUGGUGAGUUCCGAGCCCGCCCCCCAACCCCCAGCCCAAGCUCUCCCUGCUCAAAUCAGCCAGCCUGUAAACCCGCACCACCACCACCCACCUUUGUCCCAUCAGCCCCCUCUUCCGUCAUCACGCGGCUGUGACAUUCCAGCACCUGGCCUGCACGGUGUCCCCAUGGCGCACUCUCUGCCUCUGUCCAUGAGCGCCAUGCCCCAGAUGGGCAGCCUCAACGUGCUGGACCGGGCGCGCAUGGCUCCGUUCAUGGGAGUGAGCCCUCUGGCAGGAAGAGAACGCCUGCCCCACCCGGCCUUCCCCUGGGACCCACUCCGAGAGGCCUACCGCAGCCUGGACCUGCAGCGGCGCAUGGACUUCCAGCUCCGGGCCGAGCAGGGACAUCGCUUCCCCAGCGUGUACGAACAGGAGCGGGCGUACCGCGAGAGGGAGGCUCACGACUACUCGCACCACGAGCACCUGUUGGAGGUGCGCAGGGAGCACGAGAGGAUGAGACAGCAGGCGGAGGAGCGAGAGCGCCUCCACCUGAGAGAGGAGCUGGACAGAGCACGCCUCCAUCAGCUGCACCAGUCCCCCAUGGAGGGCCACCUACCCCACAUGCCCCCCUUUAUGCCCCACCUAGGCGGCAUGCCCUACCCGAGACUCAGCCCCUCCACCGGACACAAUGGCCCUUUGAACAGAACGCCCCCUACUGCCGCACUCAGUGCGCCCCCGCCCCUCGUGCCAGCCGGCAGUGCCAGGCCAGCCUCACCCAGGAGGACUACCCCCCUCACCACCCAGGACCCACGGGACUACUCCCCAUCUCGCAACCCCAAAGAGGUAGAGGCCCGGUAGCUUCUGAGAAAAGUGCACAAAGUCUUGUUAGACACACUCACA